AUGUAUGUUAAUAUGAUGAAUAGUCAUUCGUACAGUAGACAUUGGAAUGGGGCCGGUGACCCUGUACAUCCGUUAUCACGUACUGGACAUUCAGCAGUAUCCCAUGGACGGUACAUCUAUGUUUUAAAUGGUUACGGCCCUUCAGAUGAUAAAAUGAUACUUUUUGAACGAAUCGGUUUAACACGAUAUGAUAUUAUAACAAAUUGUAUAGAAUGUUUACCUAUACAUUGGGAUAUUAAAUCAUUACAAGAUCAUAUGUUCAAUGAAUUAAUUCUAUUAACAUCUGGUAAUAGUGCUGUAUUAUGUCCAGAAUUAUUAAAUAGAAAUAAUGAAAAACAAUCAGCAUGUAUUUAUACAUUUGGAGGUUAUUCACUACUAGGUAAUAUUCAUUUAAAUGCAUUAUGUCGAUAUGAAUUAACUCAUACUAAUCUAUCAAAAUAUAUAACUAAUGAUAAUACUAAUGCUAAUACUACUACUACUACUACUACUAGUAAUAAUAAUAUAACAUCCACUGGUUUAAGACCACAUUGUUGCCAUGCUUCUGUAAUUAGUGGACAUGGUAUUUUAAGUUAUUAG